UCUCUCCGCUGCUGAAUGAAGGCCUCCCGAAGAGGCCUCCGCAGGCCGACGUCACCGCCAGGGGCAAUGAAGGCCAGUCGGCGCGGCUCCACCGCCGGCCUCACGCUCCGGGCCGCGCUGGCGAUUAUCGCCGCCCUCCUGCCCUCGUGCCCCACCGCCGUCGCCACGCCGUUCUCGCCCGACGUGGAGCUGCAGAAGAUGGUGCUGGAGCCGAACUCGGGCGCGCUCAUCGUGGCCGGCGACAACACGCUGUUCCGGCUGGCGCCCGACCUGAGCGUGGAGCGCACCGAGGAACUCUGCUGCUCCCCCUCCUCCUCCUCCGCCUCCGCCGCCGACUGCCCCAGCAUCACCUGUUCGGGCGGCGGCUCCGGCCAGCCCUGCCGCAACCCCGUGAUCAUGCUGACGCUGCUGCCCGGCGCCGCCGAGCAGCUGGUGGUGUGCGGAAACGCGACGUGCGGGCCGCUGGAGGCGGGCGCGUGCGAGGUGCGCUCGUCCGCCAACCUGUCGCGGGCGCCCCACUCGGACGCCAAGUACUGCACCUACAGGUACACCAAGGUGGCCGGCGAGCAGAGCGCCGCCGUGGCCGUGGCGGCGCCCGGCGGCGCGGGCAAUGUCCUCUACUUGGGCCUGGGCCACGCCAACUCGUUCAGGGGCCACCCGCUGUCCAUGCAGGACCUCAAGGGCAACGUGCUGUGCCGCAUGGACCACGCCUCCAUGGCGCUGUGCAACCCGUACGGGCUGUACGAGCACCUGUUCGUGGCGGCCUUGGCCACCGAGAGCCACGCCUUCUUCGUGUUCCGGCGGAGGAACGGCACGAGCAAGGCGGUGGCCGGCGCGAGCCACCCGUACCUCACCUACGUGGGCCGCCUGUGCCUCGACGACGUCAACUACUACUCCUACGUGGAGGUGCCCCUGCGGUGCGAGGGCCGUCCCGGCGGCGGGCCCGAGAGGCUCGCGAGCGCCGCGUGGCUCGGCGAGCCGGGGCCCGCCUUGGCGGGAGGGGGGGCCACCCUGGUGGUCGCGUUCGUCGACGCGGGCGGCAGGAAGCGCUCGGCGCUGUGCGCCUACCCGCUGAGCGCCCUCGACGCCAAGAUCGACGAGACGAGGCAGGCGUGCUACACCAAGCAGAGCCCCAGGAGCAACGACGUCUACCUGCCGUACCGCGAGAACGACGGCGAGGACUGCACCGCCAACACGCCGGCGCACAACGUGGCGCAGUGGCCGUGCGGCAGUGACCACCUGACCAAGAUCCUGGCGAGCCGCUCGGGGGUGUCGCGCCGCCCGCUGCUCGAACUCAACGUCACGCUGCUCACCUCCGUCGCCGUGACGACCGAGAAUGGCCACACCGUCGCCUUCCUGGGCGACCACGACGGUUUCCUGCACAAGGCGUACCUGGGCCAGGGUGAGACGUCCCGUGUCUACGGGAAAGUCAAGGUCGGCUCCGGCCAGCGCGACCCCAUCAACAAAGACUCGGUGCUGGACCCCAAGGGGCAGUACCUCUACGUGUUGAACACGCGCGAGGUGCACCGAGUGCCCGUGCAGCGCUGCGGAGCCAACCGGAGCUGCCCAGACUGCCUGGCGCUGGACGACCCCUACUGCGGCUGGUGUGUGCUGCAGGGCAGGUGCUCGCGCAAGAUGGAGUGCGAGCGGGGAACCGAGCCCGGCUGCUGGGUGCAGACCUACGAGAACACGAGUUGCCCCACCAUCGCCUCCGCCAGUCCCCACAGCCUCAGCGUCAAGCUGCCACCCACGUCGGUGACGCUGCACGUGCCGGCGCUGCCGGCGCUGCACGAGGGGGAGCUGCUCACGUGCCACUUCGACGCGUUCGAGUCGCCCGCGACGGUGGCGGGCGCCGACGUGACGUGCGCCCAGUCCCUGCCGCUCGACGCCAUCCCGGCCAUCCCGCCCAACAGCGACCACGUGGACGUGCGCGUGGAGGUUCGUUACGGGGAGGUGAGCGUGGCGCACGCUCUGCUCCCGUUCUACGACUGCGAGCGGGUGGUGCAGGACGACGAGACGAGUCCGUGCGCUCACUGCGUCACGAGGCACUGGACGUGCAGCUGGUGCCCUCUGGAGUUCAAGUGCACGCACGAGCCCCAGUGUACUUCCGCCCACACGGUGUCGAGCAGCGACGAUUGCCCCGCGAUCGACAAGGUGCUGCACUCCCUGGUGCCCACGGGGGUUCCUCGCCACGUGCGCAUGACCGCUCGCAACCUCCACCUGCUGGACCACGUGAAGGAGGUGACCUGCACCGUGCUGGUGGAGGGUCGCACCGUCGCCAGCCUCGGCAGCGUCGACGACACCGGCGCGGUGACGUGCGAUGCCCAGAUCUACGAGUACCACACGGAGAGCAUGGAGUACCAGGCGGAGGUGUGGCUGGAGCUGAGCAAAGGUCAUCGCCUUGACAACCAGCAGCGGCACAACGUGACGCUGUACGACUGCUCCAAGGUGCAGACGGACUGCAGCGAGUGCGCGGUCUCGGAUGCGCGCUACGGCUGCGUGUGGUGCGCCCACUCGUGCCGCUACAACGAGAGCUGCGCCGCAGUCUCCCCCGAGUGUCCGGGGCCCAUGGUGAAAUCGAUCGAGCCACACACGGGCGUGCUGGAGGGCGGCACCAUCCUCACCGUGCACGGCUCCGACCUCGGACGCUCUUUUGAAGAGGUGGUGUCAGUGCUGGUUGGGAGCAAGCCGUGCGUGCCGCUGCAAGACCUCUACAGAGUCUCCAAGAGAAUCGUGUGCACGACGGGCAGCGCGGACAGCGCCGGCGAUGUGGCGGUGGUGGUGGAGAUCGCCGAUCGAGCGCCGGCCUCGUUCGAGCACUUUACGUACCAGAGUCCCUUCAUCACGAAGCUGGAACCGAGUGAGGGGCCGGUCGAGGGAGGAACCCGCAUCACCAUCUUCGGGAAGCACCUGCUGACGGGAAACCGGGAACUCAUCGCCGCCUUCAUCGGGGACAGCCCGUGCAGCGAUCUGCGCAUGGUGGGGGUGGAGGAGGAGGCGACCCUCGAGUGCUCCACGCCCAAGGUGCAGGAGAAGGUCUCCGUCGCCGUCAGCCUGCGCUACGGCGGCACCAGCGUCUCCAACGCCAGCGCCGAGGUCUUCGAGUACAAAGAAAACCCAAUCAUCAACGACUUCAACCCCAAAAGCAGCUUCUAUGGGGGCGGCCGCGUGAUCACGGUGAGCGGCUCGAAGCUGAACACGGCGCUGAAGAUGUCCAUGGAGGUGGAGGUGCAGCUCCCACGCCGGCGGCGCUCCCUGCACCCCUCCACAAUCUCGAGUCCCUGCGAGUUCCGCUCGGCGGAUGAGGCCCUGUGCCCCUCCCCCACCGUGCCGGACGGCUCGACGGUGCUCCGCUCCUGGUUCCAGCUGGACGGGUUCCGCAGCGACGUCACGUCGCUCCUGACGUACGAGGAGAACCCCCUGCUGUGCCGGCCCGGCACCGCGCCCUACGUCAUCAACGGCCACAACAUCCUGACCAUCAAGGGCCAGAACCUGAACAAGGCCAUGGAUAAGGAGGAGGUGGAGGUGACCAUCGGCGAGGAGCAGUGCAAGGUGGAGAUGAUGGACAGCUCCUCCCUCUACUGCAAGCCCCCGCUCACCCAGCCCAGCGCCAGGGCCGGCGGCGACGAGGCUGGCUACGGGCAGGAGGAGGAGAUUAUCGACCGUUCUCUGAACUGCACGUUGGCCACUUCCUCCACCUCCCGGCGGCGCCAGCGUCGAGACGGUGACGGCGACCUCCCCCAGCUCAUAGUGCACAUGGGCGUGCUGCGCUUCCCGCUGGGCCGCGUGCGCUACUCGACGGGGGACGGCCUGCUCUCCAAGGGGGCUAUCGCCGGCAUUGCCGUGGGCCUCCUCCUGCUGCUACUCGCCAUCAUCGCCCUCAUUCUCCUCCUCCGACACAACGCCAACCGCGAAAAGGAGAAGAUCCUCAUGGAGAUGACCAGGAUGGAGGACAAAGUGCGGGACAUGGUGCGGCGCGAGUUCGCAGACCUUGUGACGGACAUGUCGGACCUCGACGUGCUGGUGGACGAGACGGGCAUCCCCUUCCUCGAGUACCACCGCUACGUGGAGCGCAUCUUCUUCCCGGUGCAGCAGCAGCUGCUGUGCGAGGGGGCGGCGCCUCCUCCCGCGUCGCCCUCGUGGGACGCGGCGCUCACGGGCUUCCACAACCUGCUCAACAGCAAUCUUCUCAUCAAGUUCAUCCAGACGCUGGAGAUGCAGCAUGGCGGCGUGAGCCAGGCGCACUGUGGGCGCAUCGCGUCGCUCGUCACCGUGGUGCUGCACGACAAGCUCGAGUACUACACGGACAUCCUCAAGACGCAGCUCGUCGCCAUCAUCGACAACGACGUCGAGACCAAGCCCAAGCUGCUCUUCCGCCGGACGACGACGGUGGCUGAGAAGAUGCUGACGAACUGGAUGUCGAUCUGCCUCUACACGCACCUGCGGGAGACGGGAGGCAAGCCGCUCUACAUGCUGUUCAAGGCCAUCAAGUACCACGUGGACAAGGGCCCCGUGGAUGCGCUCAUGCACAAGGCCAAGUUCACGCUGGACGAGAACUCGCUGCUCAAGAACAACAUCGAGCACAAGGAGCUGACCCUGAAGGUGAACCUGGAGGAGAUGUUUGCGGCCAACGGCGCGGUAGGGGAGGCGCCGCUCCGGUUCAUGUCUCCCAAGUUUUGA